AUGGCGAGACGAAGGUUUAAAAAGUUUAGCAAGUUGGAACUGAUUCUCAUUGUCCUGCUGCUUGUGUUGUUCAUCGUCGCUGUGGUUCUGAUCGUGCUCUUAGCCACUUCCACACAAUCAAAUGUCCUAGAUCCUGACACAACUGCCACUCCAGAUCCUACAACCACAAGAACCACUCUUAACCCGCCCAGUUGCCCAGUGCUAAGUGAACUGGAACGGAUAAGUUGCAUCCCUGACAAGUUACCCGAUAAGGACACAUGUGACCAGCGUGGCUGCUGCUGGGAUCCUCAGGGAGCUGCUAAUGUUUCUUGCUACUAUUCCAGGAAUCAUGGCUACCAAAUGGAGAGUGAUCCUGUGUUUACAAAUGCAGGAUUCACAGCCCAGUUGAAAAACUUGCCUUCCACACCCCUGUUUGGAAAUGACAUUGAAAACAUCCUGCUCACAGUCGAGUACCAGACAUCUAAUCGCCUCCACUUUAAGUUGACUGACCAAAACAAGGGAAGGUAUGAAGUGCCUCAUGAGCAUGUGCAACCCUUCAGUGGAAAUGCUGCUCCUUCCUUGAACUACCAAGUUGAGGUCUCCAAACAGCCAUUUGGCAUCAAAGUCACCAGAAAAAGCAAUAACCGUGUGCUGUUUGACUCAAGUAUUGGGCCCCUCCUCUUCUCCGACCAGUUCCUGCAGCUCUCCACCCGACUGCCAAGUGCUAACGUAUACGGUCUGGGUGAACAUGUGCACCAGCAGUACCGGCAUGACAUGAAUUGGAAGACCUGGUCCUUGUUUUCCAGGGACACAACUCCCAAUGAUGAAGGAAAUAACUUGUAUGGUGUACAGACAUUUUUCCUGUGCCUUGAAGAUAAUAGUGGAUUAUCAUUUGGGGUGUUUCUGAUGAACAGCAAUGCCAUGGAGGUUACCCUUCAGCCUACUCCAGCAAUCACAUACCGCCCCAUUGGGGGGAUUCUGGACUUCUAUGUCUUCUUGGGGAAUACACCUGAGGAAGUUGUUCAAGAAUAUCUAGAGCUCAUCGGGCGGCCAACUCUGCCUUCAUACUGGGCACUUGGGUUUCAGCUCAGCCGGUACGAUUAUGGAACCCUAGACAAUAUGAAGAAAGUUGUGGAUCGAAACCGUGCAGCACAGCUCCCAUAUGAUGUUCAGCAUGCUGACAUUGAUUAUAUGGACCAGAGGAAGGACUUCACUUAUGACCCAGUUAAUUUUAAAGGCUUCCCGGAGUUUGUUAAGGAGCUACACAACAAUGGGCAGAAACUUAUUAUCAUUUUGGAUCCAGCCAUUUCCAAUAACUCACUCCCAAGUGAUCCCUAUGGCCCAUAUGACAGAGGUUCAGCAAUGAAAAUCUGGGUGAAUAGUUCUGACGGUGUAAAUGCACUCAUUGGAGAGGUCUGGCCUGGAACAACUGUCUUUCCUGAUUACACCAAUCCCGAGUGUGCUGUUUGGUGGGCAAGAGAACUUGAGCUUUUCCACAAGGAUGUGGAGUUUGAUGGCAUUUGGAUUGAUAUGAAUGAAGUCUCCAACUUUGUUGAUGGCUCAGUUUCAGGAUGUUCCAGAAACAACCUCAAUUAUCCCCCAUUCACACCAAAGAUCCUGGAUGGGCACUUGUUCUCUAAGACUCUCUGCAUGGAUGCAAUUCAGCAUUGGGGCAAGCAGUAUGAUGUUCACAAUCUGUAUGGCUACUCCAUGGCCAUUGCCACAGCAGAAGCCGUGAAGACCGUGUUCCCAGACAAAAGAAGCUUCAUCAUAACACGUUCUACCUUUGCGGGCUCUGGCAAGUUUGCAUCCCACUGGUUGGGAGACAAUGCUGCCACCUGGAAGGACCUCCAGUGGUCCAUUCCAGGCAUGCUGGAGUUCAACCUUUUCGGUAUCCCAAUGGUAGGGGCUGAUAUAUGUGGCUUUGCCCUGGACACAUCUGAGGAGCUCUGCAGGCGGUGGAUGCAGCUGGGGGCAUUUUAUCCAUUUUCCCGGAAUCACAAUGGCCAAGGCUACAAGGACCAGGAUCCUGCCUCUUUUGGAGCUGAUUCCUUGCUGUUGAAUUCAUCUAGGCACUACCUUAACAUCCGAUACACUCUGCUGCCUUACCUCUACACUCUUUUAUACCGUGCCCACAGCCGGGGAGACACGGUGGCUAGGCCCCUUCUGCACGAGUUCUAUGAGGACAUCAAUACUUGGGACAUAAACCGGCAGUUUCUGUGGGGACCAGGGCUCCUCAUCACUCCUGUUCUGGAUGAGGGUGCAGAGAAAGUGAAGGCAUAUGUGCCUGAUGCCAUCUGGUAUGACUAUGAGACCGGGGGACAAUUGACAUGGAGAAAGCAAAGCAUUGAGAUGGAACUUCCUGGAGAUAAAAUUGGACUUCACCUUCGAGGAGGCUACAUCUUCCCCACACAACAGCCAGGCACAACUACAACAGCCAGCCGGAAGAACCCUCUUGGUCUUAUCAUUGCUCUGGAUGAAAAUAAAGAAGCAAGAGGAGAGCUGUUCUGGGAUGAUGGGGAGACGAAGGAUACUGUGGCCAAGAACAUUUACCUAUUCAGUGAAUUUUCUGUCACCCAAAACCAUUUGAAUGUGACAAUUUCAAGUCCAAACUACAAGGAUCCCAAUAACUUGGCAUUCCAGGAAAUUAAAAUCCUUGGGACACAGGCAAUUUACAAUGUUAGAGUGAAACAGAAUGGUGUCCUUAGUCAGAUGUCUCCUCAAAUCACUUACAAUUCAAGCCUGAAGGUGUCCACCAUCACAGAUAUCCAUCUCAUGCUGGGAGAAGCAUACACAGUCGAGUGGGACAUCAUGAUGGACCAGGAGAAGAUAGACUGCUACCCAGAUGAGGAUGGUGUAACUGAGGCCAAAUGCACUGCCCGUGGCUGCAUUUGGGAGGAAUCCAGCUCUUCUGGGGUCCCUUACUGCUACUUUGCCAAUGAGCUGUACACAGUCAGCAAUGUUCAGAAUCACCCGAAUGAGGCCACAGCGGACAUCUCCUUGAAGCCUUCUCCUUAUAACAAUGCCUUCCCCUCUACACCCGUGAAUCAGCUGCAACUGCGCGUGAUCUACCACAAGAAUGAAAUGCUGCAGUUCAAGAUCUAUGAUCCCAACCACAGUCGGUAUGAAGUCCCAGUGCCUCUGAACAUCCCUGCUGCCCCAUCCAGCACCCCUGAAGGCCGUCUCUAUGAUGUGCUCAUCAAGCAGAAUCCAUUCGGGAUUGAAAUUCGCAGGAAGAGUACAGGCACUGUAAUCUGGGACUCUCAGCUCCCUGGCUUCACCUUCAAUGACAUGUUCAUCCGCAUCUCCACCCGCCUGCCCUCCACAUACAUCUAUGGCUUCGGGGAAACUGAGCACACAACCUUCAAGAUAGACUUGAACUGGCACACCUGGGGCAUGUUUUCCAGGGAUGAGCCCCCAGGGUACAAGAAGAAUUCCUAUGGUGUCCACCCUUACUACAUGGGUCUAGAGGAGGAUGGCAAUGCCCAUGGAGUCCUCCUGAUGAACAGCAAUGCCAUGGAUGUGACAUUCCAGCCCCUGCCUGCCCUAACAUACAGGACCACAGGGGGCAUUCUGGACUUCUAUGUGUUCUUGGGCCCAACUCCAGAGCUUGUCACUCAGCAAUACACAGAGUUGAUUGGUCGGCCUGUGAUGGUACCUUACUGGUCCCUGGGAUUCCAGCUGUGUCGCUAUGGAUAUGAGAAUGAUUCUGAGAUCUCCGACUACAUGGAGAGGCAGCUGGACUUCACCCUCAGCCCCAAGUUCUCUGGGUUUCCAGCCCUGAUCAAUCGCAUGAAGGGCAAUGGGAUGCGGGUCAUCCUCAUUCUGGACCCAGCCAUUUCUGGCAAUGAGACAAAGCCCUAUCCUGCCUUCACUCGGGGUGUGGAGAACAAUGUCUUCAUCAGAUAUCCCAAUAAUGGAGACAUUGUCUGGGGAAAGGUCUGGCCUGAUUAUCCUGAUAUUGUGGUGGAUCCCUCUCUAGACUGGGACAUGCAAGUUGAGCGAUACCGAGCUUAUGUGGCCUUUCCAGACUUUUUCCGUGAUUCAACUGCCACGUGGUGGAAGAAGGAGAUUCAAGAACUCUACACGAACCCACAGGAACCAGGGAAGAGCUUGAAGUUUGAUGGCCUGUGGAUUGAUAUGAAUGAACCUUCCAGCUUUGUGAAUGGGGCAGUUCCUUCUGGCUGCAGCAACGCUACUCUGAACCGUCCACCCUACAUGCCACAUUUGGAAGCCAGGGACAGGGGCUUGAGCAGCAAGACACUGUGCAUGGAGAGUGAGCAGAUUCUUCCAGAUGGCACCACAUUACGGCACUAUGACGUGCACAGCCUGUAUGGGUGGUCCCAGACCAGACCCACCUAUGAAGCUGUGCAGGAGGUGACAGGAGAGAGAGGAGUCGUCAUCACCCGCUCCACAUUCCCCUCUUCUGGACGCUGGGCAGGACACUGGCUGGGGGACAACACAGCUGCCUGGGACCAGUUGGGGAAAUCCAUCAUUGGCAUGAUGGAGUUCAGUCUCUUUGGCAUCUCCUAUACCGGGUCAGACAUCUGUGGGUUCUUUCAAGAUGCUGAGUAUGAGAUGUGUGUGCGCUGGAUGCAGCUGGGUGCAUUUUACCCCUUCUCCAGGAACCACAACACCAUUGGGACCAGGAGACAAGACCCUGUGUCCUGGGAUGAAACCUUUGAGAAUAUUUCCAGAAGUGUGCUAGAGACCAGAUACACCCUGUUGCCAUAUCUCUACACCUUGAUGUACAAGGCCCACACGGAGGGCAGCACAGUUGUGCGGCCUCUUCUCCAUGAGUUUCUGUCAGACCGGGAGACCUGGAAUAUAGACAGACAGUUCCUGCUGGGUCCAGCCUUCCUGGUCAGCCCUGUGCUGGAGCCUAAUGCCAGAAAUGUCAAUGCCUAUUUCCCUAAAGCCUACUGGUAUGACUAUUACACGGGUGCAGACAUUAAUUCAACAGGAGAGUGGAAGAUCUUGCCAGCCCCUCUUGAGCACAUCAAUCUUCACAUCCGUGGAGGUUACAUCUUGCCAUGGCAACAACAUGCCCUGAACACACACUUAAGCCGGAAGAACCCUCUUGGUCUGCUCAUUGCCCUGGAUGAGAACAAAGAGGCAAGAGGAGAGCUGUUCUGGGAUGAUGGGCAGUCAAAGGAUACUGUGACCACGAACACUUAUCUAUUCAGUGAAUUUUCUGUCACCCAAAACCAUUUGAAUGUGACCAUUUCAAGUCCAAACUACAAGGAUCCCAAUAACUUGGCAUUCCAGGAAAUUAAAAUCUUUGGGACAGAGGAAAUUGCCAAUGCUAGAGUUAAACAGAAUGGUGUCUUUAGUCAGAUGUCUCCUCAAAUCACUUAUAAUUCAAGCAUGAAGGUGGCCACUAUCACAGAUAUCCAUCUCAUGCUGGGAGAAGCAUACAUAGUCGAGUGGGACAACGUGAGGGAUCUGGAGAAGAUAGACUGCUACCCAGAUGAGGAUGGUGCAACUGAGGCCAAAUGCACUGCCCGUGGCUGCAUCUGGGAGGAAUCCAGCUCUUCUGGGGUCCCUUAUUGCUACAUUGCCAGUGAGCUGUACACAGUCAGCAAUGUUCAGAAUCACCCGAAUGAGGCCACAGCCGACAUCUCCUUGAAGCCUUCUCCUUAUAGCAAUGCCUUCCCCUCUACACCCGUGAAUCAGCUGCAGCUCCGAGUCAUCUACCACAAGAAUGAAAUGCUGCAGUUCAAGAUCUAUGAUCCCAACCACAGUCGAUAUGAAGUCCCAGUGCCUCUGAACAUCCCUGCUGCUCCAUCCAGCACCCCUGAAGGCCGUCUCUAUGAUGUCCUCAUCAAGGAGAAUCCAUUUGGGAUUGAAAUUCGCAGGAAGAGUACAGGCACUGUAAUCUGGGACUCUCAGCUCCCUGGCUUCACCUUCAAUGACAUGUUCAUCCGCAUCUCCACCCGCCUGCCCUCCACAUACAUCUAUGGCUUUGGGGAGACUGAGCACACAACCUUCAAGAUAGACUUGAACUGGCACACGUGGGGCAUGUUUUCCAGGGAUGAGCCCCCGGGGUACAAGAAGAAUUCCUAUGGUGUCCACCCUUACUACAUGGGGCUAGAGGAGGAUGGCAAUGCCCAUGGAGUCCUCCUGAUGAACAGCAAUGCCAUGGAUGUGACAUUCCAGCCCCUGCCUGCCCUAACAUACAGGACCACAGGGGGCAUUCUGGACUUCUAUGUGUUCUUGGGCCCAACUCCAGAGCUUGUCACUCAGCAAUACACAGAGUUGAUUGGUCGGCCUGUGAUGGUACCUUACUGGUCCCUGGGAUUCCAGCUGUGUCGCUAUGGAUAUGAGAAUGAUUCUGAGAUCUCCAGCUUGUAUGAUGAUAUGGUGGCUAAGCAGAUCCCCUAUGACGUGCAGUACUCAGACAUCGACUACAUGGAGAGGCAGCUGGACUUCACCCUCAGCCCCAAGUUCUCUGGGUUUCCAGACCUGAUCAAUCGCAUGAAGGGCAAUGGGAUGCGGGUCAUCCUUAUCCUGGACCCAGCCAUUUCUGGCAAUGAGACACAGCCCUAUCCUGCCUUCACCCGGGGUGUGGAGAACAAUGUCUUCAUCAGAUAUCCUAAUAAUGGAGACAUUGUCUGGGGAAAGGUCUGGCCUGAUUACCCUGAUAUUGUUGUGGACCCCUCUCUAGACUGGGAGAGUCAAGUGGAGAAUAUCAAGUAUGGAGCUGUGCAGGAGGUGACAGGAGAGAGAGGAGUCGUCAUCACCCGCUCCACAUUCCCCUCUUCUGGACGCUGGGCAGGACACUGCUCACUUUGUUCCUUGUUGUUUCAGACCGGGUCAGACAUCUGUGGGUUCUUUCAAGAUGCUGAGUAUGAGAUGUGUGUGCGCUGGAUGCAGCUGGGUGCAUUUUACCCCUUCUCCAGGAACCACAACACCAUUGGGACCAGGAGGCAAGACCCUGUGUCCUGGGAUGAAACCUUUGAGAAUAUUUCCAGAAGUGUGCUAGAGACCAGAUACACCCUGUUGCCGUAUCUCUACACCUUGAUGUACAAGGCCCACACGGAGGGCAGCACAGUUGUGCGGCCUCUUCUCCAUGAGUUUGUGGCAGACCGUGAGACCUGGAAUAUAGACAAACAGUUCCUCCUGGGUCCAGCUUUCCUGGUCAGCCCUGUGCUGGAGCCUGAUGCUCGAAAUGUCAGUGCUUAUUUCCCCACAGCCCUCUGGUAUGACUACUAUACGGGUGCAGAUAUCAAUUCAACAGGAGAGUGGAAGACCUUGCCAGCCCCUCUUGAGCACAUCAAUCUUCAUGUCCGUGGGGGCUACAUCCUGCCGUGGCAACAACCUGGCCUGAACACUCACUUAAGCCGGAAGAACCCUCUUGGUCUGCUCAUUGCCCUGGAUGAGAACAAAGAAGCAAGAGGAGAGCUGUUCUGGGACGAUGGGCAGUCAAAGGAUCUCACAACCAAUAAUGUUCUAUGUCAAUUUUCAGUCACUCACAACCACUUGGAUAUGAGUGCUGUAGGAUCAAGCUACACAAAUCCUGAUAAUUUAGCAUUUCAGGAGAUUAAAAUUUUUGGAACACGGGCACUUUACAAUGUUACAGUGAAACACAAUGGUGUCAUAAGUCAGAUGUCUCCUCAAGUCACCUAUGAUCCUAACAUGAAGGUUGCAAUUAUUAUGGGUAUCCAGCUUCUCCUGAAAGAAUCCUAUACGGUGGAGUGGGAUGACAGCAUAAGGGACGAGGAAAAGAUAGACUGCUAUCCAGACCAGGAUGCAGCUUCCGAAGCAAGCUGCACUGCCCGAGGCUGCAUCUGGGAGGAAUCCAGCUCUUCUGGGGUCCCUUAUUGCUACUUUGUCAAUGAGUUGUACUCAGUCAGCAAUGUUGAGUAUUACUCAAAUGUGGCCACAGCCAACAUCUCCUUGAAGCCUUCUCCUUAUAGCAAUGCCUUCCCCUCUACACCUGUGAAUCAGCUGCAGCUCCGAGUCAUCUACCACAAGAAUGAAAUGCUGCAGUUCAAGAUCUAUGAUCCCAACCACAGUCGGUAUGAAGUCCCAGUACCUCUGAACAUCCCUGAUGAUCCAAUCAGUACCCGUGACGACCGUCUCUAUGAUGUCCUCAUCAAGCAGAAUCCAUUUGGGGUUGAAAUUCGCAGGAAGAGUACAGGCACUGUAAUCUGGGACUCUCAGCUCCUGGGCUUCACCUUCAAUGACAUGUUCAUCCGCAUCUCCACCCGCCUGCCCUCCACAUAUAUCUAUGGCUUUGGGGAGACUGAGCACACAACCUUCAAGAUAGACUUGAACUGGCACACGUGGGGCAUGUUUUCCAGGGAUGAGCCCCCGGGGUACAAGAAGAAUUCCUAUGGUGUCCACCCUUACUACAUGGGUCUAGAGGAGGAUGGCAAUGCCCAUGGAGUCCUCCUGAUGAACAGCAAUGCCAUGGAUGUGACAUUCCAGCCCCUGCCUGCCCUAACAUACAGGACCACAGGGGGCAUUCUGGACUUCUUUGUGUUCUUGGGCCCAACUCCAGAGCUUGUCACUCAGCAAUACACAGAGUUGAUUGGUCGGCCUGUGAUGGUACCUUACUGGUCCCUGGGAUUCCAGCUGUGUCGCUAUGGAUAUGAGAAUGAUUCUGAGAUCUCCAGCUUGUAUGAUGAUAUGGUGGCUAAGAAGAUCCCCUAUGACGUGCAGUACUCAGACAUCGACUACAUGGAGAGGCAGCUGGACUUCACCCUCAGCCCCAAGUUCUCUGGGUUUCCAGACCUGAUCAAUCGCAUGAAGGGCAAUGGGAUGCGGGUCAUCCUUAUCCUGGACCCAGCCAUUUCUGGCAAUGAGACACAGCCCUAUCCUGCCUUCACCCGGGGUUUGGAGAACAAUGUCUUCAUCAGAUAUCCCAAUAAUGGAGACAUUGUCUGGGGAAAGGUCUGGCCUGAUUACCCUGAUAUUGUUGUGGACCCUGAUCUAGACUGGGACAGUCAAGUGGAGAAAUAUCGAGCUUAUGUGGCCUUCCCAGACUUUUUCCGUAAUUCCACUGCCACGUGGUGGAAGAAGGAGAUUGAAGAACUCUACACCAACCCACAGGAUCCAAAAAAGAGCUUGAAGUUUGAUGGCCUAUGGAUUGAUAUGAAUGAACCUUCCAGCUUUGUGAAUGGGGCAGUUCCUUCUGGCUGCAGCAAUGCUACCCUGAACCGUCCACCCUACAUGCCACAUUUGGAAGCCAGGGACAGGGGCCUGAGCAGCAAGACACUGUGCAUGGAGAGUGAGCAGAUUCUUCCAGAUGACUCUCGGGUGCGGCAUUAUGAUGUGCACAGCCUGUAUGGGUGGUCCCAGACCAGACCCACCUACGAAGCUGUACAGGAGGUGACAGGAGAGAGAGGGGUCGUCAUCACCCGCUCCACAUUCCCCUCUUCUGGACGCUGGGCAGGACACUGGCUGGGGGACAACACAGCUGCCUGGGACCAGCUGGGGAAAUCCAUCAUUGGCAUGAUGGAGUUCAGUCUCUUUGGCAUCUCCUAUACCGGGUCAGACAUCUGUGGGUUCUUUCAAGAUGCUGAGUAUGAGAUGUGUGUGCGCUGGAUGCAGCUGGGUGCAUUUUACCCCUUCUCCAGGAACCACAACACCAUUGGGACCAGGAGACAAGACCCUGUGUCCUGGGAUGAAACCUUUGAGAAUAUUUCCAGAAGUGUGCUAGAGACCAGAUACACCCUGCUGCCAUAUCUCUACACCUUGAUGUACAAGGCCCACAUGGAGGGCAGCACAGUUGUGCGGCCUCUUCUCCAUGAGUUUGUGUCAGACCAUGAGACCUGGAAUAUAGACAAACAGUUCCUGCUGGGUCCAGCCUUCCUGGUCAGCCCUGUACUAGAGCCUAACGCCAGAACUGUAGAUGCAUAUUUUCCCAGAGCCCGCUGGUAUGACUACUACACGGGUGUAGAUAUUAAUGCAAGGGGACAAUGGAAGAACUUGCCAGCCCCUCUUGAUCACAUUAAUCUUCACAUCCGUGGGGGCUACAUUCUGCCCUGGCAGGAACCUGCCAUGAAUACCCAUUUGAGCCGUGAGAAGUCAAUGGGCCUCAAGGUUGCCUUGAAUGAUGAAGGACUUGCUGAGGGCUGGCUCUUCUGGGAUGAUGGGAAAAGCAUCAAUAUCACAGAACGAUCCUACUUGGCCAGGUUCUCUGUUAGCCAGAAUACAUUGCAGACACAUGUUAUUUUUAAUAAUUACAUCACUGGUACAGCACCUUUGAACCUAGGCUACAUUGAAAUCUGGGGAUUGAGCAGUGUUUCCAUUACCAGCGUGAGCAUCAUCACUGGGAGCAGAUUGAUUGAAUCAGUCCCCUAUGACUACAACAGCACAACUCAGGUUUUAAAAGUUAAUGUGACUGACAAAAGACUCAGCCUGCAUAAUUUCCAGUCACUGACAUGGAACUCUUCAUAAAUUUUCAGAGCAAAAUACUACGAGCAGAUUUAAACUACUUAUGCUUCAUAAUCAUGUAAUUAUUAUGUAUCAUCAAUUGUUUCAUUCCCAGUAUGGCUAGAAUAUUUUGUGUAUUGUGUGUGUGUGUGUGUGUGUGUGUGUGUGUGUGUGUGUGUGUUAUGACACCCAAGAUAAUAUCUCUGGGUCACUUUAAUGUAUCUAUGUAAUUAGUGUGGCACAUAUGGUUUAUCACAUGACAUCCAUUGAAGAUGUGAAGAUGAAUUAGAUCCAUGCUGCAGUCUCUCUCUCUCUCUCUCUCUCUCUCUCUCUCUCUCUCUCUCUCUCUCUGUAUGGUGGGAGCCCAGUCUUGUCAUGGCAGCCCCUGUUUGCAGCCAAGCAAAACCUUAAGAAUUAUGCAGAAGGAACUGUGAGUAGGUAUAGGGGGAGGAGAACAGUAUGCUGAGAAUAUGAUGGAGGAGGAAGGAAGAGAAGACAGAAAGGAAGUAGGGAAGAUGUGAUGUAAUGGUAGGCAACUGCAAGAGGGAUAGUCAUGCUAAGGAAUGGUAGCCUUGCUGGGAGGAGAAAGGGAGAGUCAACUCAUUUGAAAGAGAAGAGGGCUUUGGAGAAAUGCUUAAGAAACAGGAAGGUGAUGAGAAGGAGAUUUAAGGUGGUAGAGAUGAAGGAAGGAAUUGGAUGUACAAUUGUUUUUGUACAAGUGUGCUUUCAAGUAUAUAAAUCUUAUUUUUUGACCAUAUCUCAUGUACAUAGCAGCAGUUCACACAAGCAUACAUGAUUUGUAUGUCAUGGAAAAAUAAAGCAAGUGAAUUUACAAGAGA